AAGAGUGUAACUUAUUUAUUGCAAUUUGCAAAAUACCAUCACGCAACUAUUAAUUAUUAUUUGGACACUACUGCAUGACACUGUCCUUAUAUAGAACAAACUAAAGGACCAGUGAAUCUCAAAAACAGAGCAAGCUAUCUUAGUUUUCCAAAUUUCUCUUCAUUUCCAAUUUCCCAAAAUUCUCAAAAUGAAGGAUACAUUAGUUCUAUACCCAGCUCUUGGGAAAGGACACUUAAAUUCCAUGAUUGAGUUAGGCAAACUCAUAUUAACACAUAACCCUUCACUCUCUAUAUCAAUUCUAAUCCUUAGCCCACCAAACACUACCGUGCAGCCGCAGCACGAGAUCCAAAAACUCAUAACCACGUUUGGUUGUGAAUCUUUUCCGUCCAUCACUUUUCAUCACAUUCCUCCCAUUUCAUUCCCAGUAACUCUUCCACCUCACAUACUCCCUCUUGAAGUUUGCGGUCGUAGCAACCACCUUGUUAACCAUAUUCUUCAAUCCAUUUCAAAAACUUCGAACCUCAAAGGUGUUAUUUUAGAUUUUAUGAACUAUAGUACGGACCAAAUCACUUCAGCUCUUGAUAUCCCAACUUACUAUUUAUACACUUCAGGAGCAUCAAGUCUUGCAGUUUUUCUUCAACUUCCAACCAUUCAUCAAAAUACUACAAAAUCGCUAAAGGAGUUUCGCAUGUAUCCUCACAUCACUGGGCUACCACAAAUUCCCAUAGCAGAUAUGCCAGAGGAAGUGAAAGAUCGUGAGGGUAAAGGUUACAAGGUUUUCUUAGAUAUGGCGAUUAGUAUGAAGGAAAGCAAUGGAGUUAUUAUAAACACAUUUGAUGCUUUUGAAGCAAGAGCUUUAAAAGCAUUAAAAGCAGGGUUGUGUCUUCCAGAAGGAACAACACCUCCAUUGUUUUGUAUUGGACCAAUGAUUUCACCUCCUUCUAAGGGUGAAGAUGAAAGAGGGAGUUUGUGUUUGAGUUGGCUUGACUCGCAACCUAGUCAAAGCGUCGUGUUCUUGUGCUUUGGAAGUAUGGGGAGAUUUUCUAAGGCACAGUUGAAUGAGAUAGCUAUUGGAUUGGAAAAAAGUGAGCAAAGAUUUUUGUGGAUUGUAAGGAGCGACAUAGACUCAGAGAAGUUGAGUUUGGACGAAUUGUUGCCAGAAGGGUUUUUGGAGAGGACAAAGGAGAAAGGAAUGGUGGUGAGGAAUUGGGCCCCACAAGAUGCAAUAUUGCAUCAUGAUUCUGUGGGUGGAUUUGUGACUCAUUGUGGGUGGAAUUCAGUGUUGGAAGCUGUUUGUGAAGGAGUGCCAAUGAUUGCAUGGCCUAUGUACGCGGAACAAAAGCUGAAUCGAUUGAUUAUGGUUGAAGAAAUGAAGGUGGCUUUGAAAAUGAACGAGUCAAAUGGAUUUGUGAGUGGAGCUGAGUUGAGUGAGCGAGUUAAAGAGUUGAUGGAAUCAGACAAUGGAAUAGAGAUUAGAGAGAGGAUAUUGAAAAUGAAAAUAAGUGCCAAGGAGGCAAGAGGUGGAGGUGGAUCUUCUCUUGUUGAUUUCAAAAGGUUAGGAGAUUCAUGGAGGGAGCAUGCUUCUUGGAAUAGUUUAUCACCAAAUACUCCAUUCCAUUUUGGUUGAAAAUUAGAAAUAGAUCUCUAGAGACAAUAAAAUAAGAAAAGUGUUUCCAUUCCUUUAAGAAAUUAGAAGUGUGAUAUAUUAUUAGAAGUGAAUUAAAAUUGGUGUAAUGUGUAUCUUUUUUAAUGUCAUGUAAACCAAUGUUUAUGCAUCAAACGGCGAUCUUGUUAUUGUUUCUGAUCAAA